CCAGUGCAGGCCGGGCACCUGCCAGCCAUGGCAUGUGGGCCAAGAGAUCUUCAGAGCCUCACAUCUCCAAUUUCUUCUGCCAAACUUGGAAAUUCCUUCUUUUUAGAAGAGCCCUGGUUCCAGGCCUGUGGUCACACCAACAUCGCCUGCAAGAUGGUGAAGGGGAAGCUGGUGGAGGUAGGCAAGUGGCCAUGGCAAGUGAGCAUCCUAUUCCUGGGUGCGUACAUCUGCAGCGGUUCCCUCAUCCACCAUCAGUGGGUCCUCACGGCUGCGCACUGCCUACAGAGAUCCAAGGACCCCAGACAGUACUCCGUGAGAGUGGGAGUCCAACACCUCCCAGAAAACGGCACUCAGCUUCUGCUCACUCGCAUCGUGAUUCACGAGGACUUCCACAACCUCAUAUCCCGGGACAUUGCCCUCCUGAAGCUCAGGGACCCCAUCUCCUGGUCCCCCCUCAUCCAGCCUGUCUGCCUGCCCAACACCAAAUUCCAGCCAUCUCUCGGGACCAUGUGCUGGGUGAUAGGGUGGAGACAUAAAACUGAUCAAGGAACCUCAAAGACCCCCUACAGUCUUCAGGAGGUGGCUGUCAAGAUCAUUAACAAUGAUAUCUGCCAUAGGCAGUACAAGUUCCUCUUCUUGAAGGAAGACAAGAAAUUCAUUGGGCAGGACAUGCUGUGUGCCGGCUCAGAAUUCGGCACAGACUCUUGUCAGGCUAACUCCGGCAGCCCGCUCGUGUGUCAGGUGAACAACUCCUGGAUCCAGAUAGGGCUGGUGAGCUGGAGUCACAGCUGCAACUGGCAACACUUCCCAGGCAUCUACACCAGCACCUCCCACUUCACCUACUGGAUCAAGAAGCAGAUCAGCGACAUGAGGUUCAUCAGUAGGGCUGGCCCUGUCUUCCUGAGCCCGGUCGUCCUCACCGGCUACAUUCUGCUGGUGUCCUUGGGCUCCCUGUGGCUCCUGUGAGCUGUGUUUCUGGGGUGGCCACUUCUCCUCACGACCCAGGGGACACGUGACAUUGCAGGCAGUGCGCCCUCGGGGGAGGGUCCCAGAGCCACUUGUCUGGAGUUGUUCAAUGAAGAUGCUCUUGAGUUUUGCGCCAAA